AUGGACUUGUGGAAGCUCUUCACAACUGCAUUAAUGCCAGUUCUGAAGGUGCUCCUCAUUACUGGUGCUGGCACAUUUCUUGCUCUCCACCGCUUUAAUAUACUGAGGGAGACUGCUAGGAAACAUUUGAAUACACUGGUAUACUUUGUCUUCACUCCGGCUCUUGUUUGCAGCAUUCUGGCUAAAACUAUAACAUUUAAGAGCCUGGUUAUGGUGUGGUUCAUGCCAUUGAAUGUUCUUUUCACGUUUACCAUUGGGACAGCACUAGGAUGGUUGUUUUUGAAAAUAACUAAAGCACCUCCUGAUAUGCAAGGCCUUGUGUUGGGGUGCUGUGCUGCAGGCAAUCUAGGCAAUAUGCCUCUCAUCAUAAUUCCAGCAGUGUGUAAGGAAAGUAGUAGUCCUUUUGGAGCUGUGGACGUUUGUCAUCAAAAAGGGAUGGCAUAUGCCUCUUUGUCCAUGGCAAUAUCAAACAUCUACAUUUGGACUUUCGUGUACCACAUUAUCCGCGCAUAUUCUUGCCGGAUUUUUAAUGUGAACAAGGUUGAUAAUUCCACAGUAGGUCCAGUGUCAGCAAUAGAAGCAGAUCUUGAAAACCAUUCAGGUGCACCAGUGGUUACAGCAGAGGAUUUCUCACAGACCAAUGAUCUUGUGACCCAAUUUAAAAGUGAUACGGUGGUAACAAAACAAGAGCAGAUUAUGCAACCAUUAAAAAAAUUAGUAAAAAAGCUCAAUUUGAAGGUUCUAUUAGCACCUCCUACGUUCGGAUCGAUUCUUGGACUAAUAAUUGGUGUAGUUCCUCCUUUUCAAAAGAUGUUUGUUGGCGAUAAUGCUCCUUUUCGUGUGGUUGAAGACUCUGCAUCCAUGCUGGGGGACGCAUGCAUUCCAGCAAUGACUCUGUUAGUUGGAGCAAAUCUUCUGAAGGGGUUAAAACGGUCAGAAAUGAAGCCUUCACUUCUUAUGGGGAUCAUCGUGGUUAGAUACAUUGCUCUACCAAUUUUUGGUGUGGUCAUUGUAAAAGGUGCAAUUCGUUCUGGCAUUAUCCACCAAGAUCCAUUAUACCAUUUUGUUUUACUCCUUCAAUACGCUCUUCCGCCUGCAAUUAGCAUAAGUACAAUUACUCAAUUAUUUGGAGCUGGUGAAACAGAAUGUUCAAUUGUUAUGCUAGUAACUAAUGUCUGUGCGGCAUUUACUCUUACACUAUGGUCCACAUUUUUCAUGUGGCUUGUCCUAUAA